CGGAGGAUCUCGUGCCGCCCCGGCUGCCGAUGUGUUGUUGUGCAAUGAAUUCGAAACCAUUGGCAUAACCAAUCGACUGGCAGCGUUACGGCAAGAUCGGUAGGCUUCAAUAGGAAGCGUAGGAAGUACCGGGAGUGGCUGGUAGGCCUACUUAGCCCUUAUCAACAUCCUCUUGUAAACGAGCUCUUCCUUCGAAUCGAAAAACAGCUCGCGCAAUCUCGCGCAGCAGCAGCUGUUAGUGACAAGAGCAGAUGCGACGCCACACCAUACGUUCGUCCUUAGUUGUGCGGCGAACGGCGUAGCGAGCUGUGCGCCAUCUCUGUGUGUAGUACGCCCGACGAAUCCACGCCAUCAACCAUGGAGAUCAGCAACAGCACCGGCUUUCUGCUGCAGACGAUCCUGUUUCUGGCGAACCACCAGUACAACAACUCACUGAUCAACCUGAUCCAGAACCGCACGCUCAGCGCCGAGAGCAACGCCACCACGGGAGAGCUUUCGGUGCCGGAAGAUGUGCGCUGCUACGGUGUCUACGGGUGCUUCCCGAUCACCUACCCGUGGAUCGACGAGAAGCGUCCGGUCGCGUACCACCCGCAGUCACCGACGCAGGUGGACGUGCGCUACCCGGUGUUCGUGAAGUCACACACGUUCCACCCCAACUACAUCGAGCUCAACGAGCCGGCCAAAGUGCGGCGGCUCGGCAUCCAUCCGAAGGGGCGCAUCUACUUCAUUACGCACGGCUACAUCGAGUCCGGUGAUCGACCUUGGAUUCAGCAGAUGGUACACGCGCUGCUGGACAAUGACCCCGACCAGACGGCGACCUGUAUCGUGAUCGACUGGCGCAAAGCAUCCAACCCACCGUACACGCAGACCUGCGCCAAUAUACGCCUGAUCGGCGCCAUCACGGCACACGUCAUCUAUAUGCUCUACGUCGAGCUCGGAAUGCGGGACCUGGACAGGGUGCACCUGUUGGGCCACUCGCUCGGGUCGCACCUGUGCGGCUACACCGGCUACUACUUGCAGAAGGACUUUGGGCUACAGCUCGGGCGCAUCACUGGCCUGGACCCGGCCGAACCACUGUUCUCCGACACGGACCCCCUGGUGCGGCUCGAUCGAAGCGACGCCAAGUUCGUGGACAUCGUCCACUCGGACGCGUCCGAGUGGGUCAGCAAGGGUGGCCUCGGGAUGUACCAGCCGAUCGGGCACGUCGACUUCUACCCGAACGGGGGUUACAACCAGCCCGGCUGCAACGAUCCGAUGACCAAGUUCAUUCGCAAGCACGACGAAUCGUUCUUCUGGGGUUUCCAGGAGUUUUUCGGCUGCAACCACCUGCGGUGCCACCAGUUCUUCACCGACAGCGUGGUGCACCGGUGCCCAUUCGUGGGGAUCGGCUGCGAGUCUUACGCCAAGUUUCGGCAGGGCGAGUGCUUCGAGUGCGACCGGGACGGCCACUACUGCAUCGAGUUCGGGCUGGGGGCCCGCGACAGCUACACGCGGCUCGUCGAGAACGGUAUCAUCGUUAACCAGCAGGCCCCGCUGAGCGUGUACAUGAUUACGGGCGAAGAGCCACCGUACUGUCGGUCCCACUACCGGGUGAUGCUGCGGGUUUCGGACGCCGACGAGAGCCUGAUCCACGGUGGCGAGAUCGGCAAGAUGUCGCUCGAGCUGCACGGGCAGGCGAACCGGCGCUCGGGUAGGAUGGACUUUUCGCAGGAUCCGGUGUACUUCGAGCCGGGCCAAAACUACUCGGCCAUCAUGGCCGGCGCGGAUGUCGGGGUGCCGCUGAAGGCGAUGCUCAGCUGGGGCUACCGAACCAACCCACUCAACCCGCUGACCUGGCGGCUGCUGGCGUCGCCGCGCGUCUACGUACAGGAGAUGGUCAUCCAGCUGCUGGAGGCACGCACUAGCGUGCGCUUCUGCCCGCUCAACCAACUGCCCGUGCUGGCAGACGCGGACAACGAGCUCAGAAGUGACUACUGCUAGUCGUCGAAGGUUCGAAGUACAAUCGAAUCGAGAAUCCGUGCAGCUACCGACUUGAGACUAGCCGUGCCGUGCGCGCAUGCAGGUGCUCUUCUAGAUUCCAAGUCAGCUUUCAACUCGAAGAUCCUCCGCAAUAUUCGGCGUUUGUUCCACGCGAACUCGCGAAACUACCGAAAUCACCUGUGCGUCCAAAGGUCGUAGUGUUCGGUUGAAGUGAGUGAGCCACACAACUGGCUGCUAGAUUCCCUAUUGCUAUUUUUAAAAUGCUAAAUAAAUGCUAAAUUUUUAAUAUAUGAAA